UGGUUGUUUUGUGAUCGAUUUCCCCGCAUUUUUCAGUUUAUAUACAUUUGAAGGGCUAAACGAUUUCUUCCCUCAAGGGUGUCCUCCCUCCCCAACCGGUCUCAAGGAGCGGCUUACGGGCUUAUGGACGGUUAAUUAUAACGCGUCGUCUGGCUUUACUCAUAUUAAUUGAUAAAAAAACCCAGUGAUUUUUCAUUUUGCGAAAAAUAAUUUGAGAACGAUGGGAUUUUUAAAGAAGGAUCUAGGACGUAUUUGAUUGUUUGAUCGGUAUCCAACAAUAACCGGUCAUGGUUUCAGGAUAUUUAACAUUUUUUCUGUCAGCAAAGUUGUCAUAUGUGCGGCUGUGUUGACACAUGUAGUGUAGUGUUUAUUUGUGGGCGGCGCGGGCGCGGACAUGGCGCUGGGCGGCGCGGUACAGAGCGCCAGCAUGCUGGAACUGUUGUUGGAGGAGAUAAACUUCCAGCGCACCAAGGAGAUGCGCCAGCUCAUGAAGGAUGAGUCGGGUUUCGUGGUUCUCCAAGGCACGACGUACUGGACGGACCUCUUCGUGCGCCACUUCCUUUUCCAAGAGGAGCGCUCGAUCGACUGCGACGAUCUUCUGUUCUUCGUGCGCAAGCGGCACGUCAAGGGGUCCUCGCGGUAUCUGCCCAAGUAUGAGACGGACGUGGAGGUGUUCCGCAAGGACUCGAAAAAGCUACCCAUCGGCGACCCGGAGAUCGACUGGGAGGAGACCGUGUACCUGAACCUGAUCGUGCACCAGUUUGACUACACGCUGACCCUGGCCGUGUGCACGCGCACCAGCCCCAAGGAGCUGCAGGUGCUGCGCCGGCACUCGCAGAAGGUAUACGCAUCGCCCAGCCGCCGCAAGAUGGACACGAAAGGCGAGGGCGAAGAGAUCACCUACCCCCACAUAUGCUUCAUGGUCGACAACUUCGAUGAGGUAUUCAGCGACAUGGUGGUCCGUGACGGCGAGAUGGUUUGCGUGGAGCUUGUAGCGCGAGGGCGCGGAGCGGACGCACUGGCAGUCCUAUUCCUCGGCUCCAUCCGCUACGACGCGCUGUCCAGGGUCUACGACUCCCGGCAAUCGUCGCUAUCAACGAAGGUAGCGCAGCGAAUGUCAUUCGGGCUGCUGGGGCGCGCGGCGGCGCGCUGUGAGUUCGUGCGCAUGAAGGGGCCUCACGGCAAGGGGCAUGCCGAGAUGGCCGUGGCUCGGCCGAGGGGCGCUGGCGUUGAUACGCCUACGUCCGAGCCCGGGCUGACGGCUACCGAUCUCUGGGACAGUGAUUGGGAGGAGGAUCCGGAGGAUAUGUUUAUGUAUCGACAUCAGCGACGCCUAAGCGACCCCAGCGCCAACCUGAACAUCUACUCCCGCGGCGGCUGGCGCACCAAGGACGGCAAGGACAAGAGCCGCUCCGAGAACGAGGGGCUCGACUCGCUGGUCUCCGGGCUAGCUGAGGUGCAGGCCGGAGAUCUGCGCGACGAGCUGGACGACGGCGCGUACAACCCGCUGUGGGCGAUGCGCGGCUUCACGCAGACGUUCGCGCUGUGGAAGGAGGGCAAGCGCGCCUCGUCCGCGCCGCUGCACGCCUACCUCACCUACGUCACGCUGCCGUGGUGGUGCAUCGCCAAGGAUAUCCUGGACCACCGCGAAGAACCCAUCCUGACGUUCUGAACUGCACUCCCGAAUAAAACCGACGUUAAGAUACCUGCAUCAUAGAAGGUCCGGUUGCUAACUUUCAAAAUAUCAUACUUCUAGUGUGAAUGGGUUCAAAUUUUGCGUCCAUGCCAUGUCCGCAGGCCAGGUACCAUAGACUAAAUUGAAAAUUCAUAUUAAACAUAAGAAAAAUAAGAAAUAAAAAUAACGAUGGGCGUUCUUUGGUGCAGGUACCUUAUAUUUCAUAAAAUUUAACAAAAAUGUAAUGAAACCUAUCUUUAACUAUUGUUGUGAUAUUGCCGCAUAAAAAUUAACUUUAUUUAGAUACUUUCUUUUCGUUGUAAAGACCGCACCUUGUGUGAUUUAAGGUCCAAACAUAAUUACAGUUUUGACUGAAAAGUACCUACUAUGAAAUAAAAAUAUUGUUAAAAUAAACUAAAAGGUUUGCCUUAAGUAAGGUAUUUUUCCAGACAUAGGUGCUGUCAUAGCUGUACUUUAACUGAAGACGCGUCGCUUUAUUUUUCCUAGCAAGCUGUUCAUAUCAUUCCAGAUAGUUAGGCGAACAAAUUAAGAUAAUAAACGAAACGGAUAUCUAUAUAAUAACAAUUAACUGCUUGUCUCUAUAUCUAGUCAAACGUAAAAAAUAUGGGAGCUCUCAAAUUUAAAAUAUAAGCAAACGACUGUUUUGUAACUGUGUUGUCAGCGGUAGAAGUAAGUUACUUCAAGUAACUAAACCAUCAGACCCCGGUGCAGGCACACAAUCAGUUAGAAGCGAAUCCGAAAGAGUGCAGAUCGACAUGUAACGGUGUGUGGGUAAACCACGAUUAAACUCGCAGCAUGUCAGCUACUAUGUACUUCUAGUGUCAGUUACUAGAAGAAGAGAUCAGUUUCUUGUUGCUAUUCUGUCCCGUCAGCCAGGGGACAACAAUAGCAGUUUGUUGGAAAUGUUGGAAUGUUGGACAAUGAUGUACUAACGUGCUUUAUAGAUGGCCCAUUGUGGAAAGACCUUACAACUGCCACAAAAAUGCAUGUUGGGAUAAUUUAGAUUCCCCAGAGAUUAGUUUAGAGUGACCCAGGAGAACGUAACCAUGACAACGGGUGACAAAAAAAAGUUGAUUUGAUUGACCCAUGUGCAACUGUGCCGAAAUAUAACCAUACCCCGGAUUUUACGAUGCGGGAAAGGGAAUGUUUUACAGUUUUUACACUAGCCAAAAAAUAGGUAAAACCGUAAAAACAGAAACUAUUUGAACAUUUCUAAUAAACAGAGUUAUAAACACACGAAAUCAUUCCCGCACCCAAAAAUCCGGGAUAAAUCUGGCCAACAUCAGCAAAUUUAAGGGAAAAUAAUAACAUCCUACCCUUUACCGUCAGCAGCAGGUCCACGUUUUGGCUUUGUGAUUGUUUAAAACUUAUUUAACUAGCGGCCCGCCCCGGUUUCGCACAGGUAGUUCAACCAAUUUACACAAAGCCUUAACCUUUCUCAGGAAUCACUAUUUAUAUGUACUAGGUGAAAACCGCAUGAAAAUCCGUUCAGUAGUUUUUGAGUUUGUUGCGAACAUACAUAGAGAAAGGCGCGUUGUUUGAUAAAAUGUUUUUAUUUAUUUAUUCGGCACCGUUUUUCCACCAGCAUUUUAACCCUUUGACCGCCAAAGGCGGCCACAGACCCGCAUGGUUACAUUUUAAUAUUACCCUCAUCUAUUACAAUAAGAAAACUUCCGUGAGGCAUUGAUAUAUUAAAUAUAUUAAAACGGGUCACUCACGACUAUAAAGUCGAUGAUUGCUCGACAUGUUUCGCUCCAUAACGAGGAGCAUUUUUAAAGAGAGCUCGCGUGGAUGGAGCGAAAUAUGUCGAGCAAUCAUCGACUCAAAACUGUGUUACUAUUCUGGUUUGUAAAGUAGUGUGUAUAUUAUCAUUUCGAACACUGUUUGUGUCGGUAUUUCUACUGCAAGACGGUUUUCUUAAAUAAGACGUAAUUUGGAGACCCCAUAUAUUAUGGAUUUGUGUAUAAUGUUCAGUACAUUCGGUUGUUGUAUUACCGCUAUACAACAACAUUAUGUUCCUAUGUUUAAGUAUACUUAUGUAGCUCUUACACUAGUCGUUAAUAUAGACAUGAAUUGAUCUCGAAGUUUAUUUGGUAUUUAUGCUCGUACUAUACCUACCGCCUCUCCAAAAUACCAGGUUCAUACCUGAUCUAGAUUGUCAAUGAAAUAUGUUAAAAAUGAAUCAUGUUUGUAAACUUUUUGAACUAAGUCCAUGGUAUUUAAAAAUGUUAGACGGAGAGCUAGCCCCGGAAAAUGGUUCACAAUUUCGAGAGCAGUGAAACUAGACAAUUAGUUUGCUAUUUCUUGAUCCAGGCGUCUGGCAGCUGUUCAUGGGUGAAGGUCAGAAUGACAGGACAUCAACACUUCAGCACGAGAAAAGUCUCGAAGUUAGUUGUCACUAAAGUAAGGACGCUAAGGACGAGGAAUUUCAUACAUUCCUGUCUCUAUCGCACGCAUGUAAUUAUUUAUUACUCAAAUAAGUGACACAGCAGUACAGUAAAAACCAAGGCACUGUGAUUAUAUAUUUUAUAUACAGUAGCGGAAAAUAAUCUAUCUUAUUUUUACAGAUACAUUUGCCUAAUAUUUUUGGUAAUUUCUCAAAAACGGCUCUAGCGAUUUCGAUACAAUUUACAUUAUGGGGGUGUAUGAAAAGGACAAUUCGAUCAAACUAGAGUAUAUUGUAAAAAUAAUUAGUUUUCCCGAGUUUUCGCGGUAACCCGGUGGAUAUUAAAUUGUAAAGUAAUGAUACGAUUUAAUUUUCAAACCAGAGGCUAACGAGGGUGAAAAAUCGAUCUAUCUAGGUUUUAUUGUUGGUAAGAUUCGCUUGUGUGUUUUCAAAUAAGAAAUUCAAUAUUUAUAACAUACACUUAUUGGUGUGUGUGAAGUCCCCAAUCCGCAUUGUCCUAACGUGGCUGCCUAUGUUGCCACGAGCAGUAGGGCGUAAAUAUAUAUAUAUAUAUAUGAUGGUGAUGAUGAUAUAAUCAUUGUUUACAUGAUAUAAAGUCUAAUUUCACGAAUUUUCGAAUGAAUGCCUGCAAGAUAAUAGGAAUAUGAUAAAUUUUUUGGCGCUACUUUAUGCCGCCCAUGAUGCCGGCGUUUUAAUGACACUGUGCAAGCGGUACAGCACUAUAAUUAUGCGCGUGCGAUAGAGACGGCAAAUGAUGGGUCAAUGUACCAAAUGUUCGUGGUUAGCGUGUAUACUUUAGCAAACUAACUAGAAGGGUUUCGUAGCUCAUAUAAUGAAUGAAUGAAUGAAUGAAUGAAAUUAUUUAAUCCAGAAAAUAUUUCCAUAUAAGGUUAAAACAUUUAAAACGAAUUACAUAAUAAUAUAUGAUUAAAUUAAAUUAAGACCACCCACCAUUACCAUUACCAUUUUCCGGGGCUAGGUUUUAGUCUUGUGGUAACUUGGAAAAACUGCAAUUUUCUUGUCACAUCGAGGCCUAAUUGGCUAAGGCAACAAGUACAAAGCUUUGUGUAACGGAAUCUGAAGGCCAGAAUCGAUAUUAUUUUGGAUUAAAAUGUGUAAAUUAUAAAAUGUAUAAAAACUGUAGUCCAAAUUUGAUUCUCCACUGAUGUUUUAUUUGUUAUUAGUUAUUCGAUAAAAACUGUAUACAUAACUGUUUAUGACACUUACGUACCUUCGUCUUUUGAUUGCUACUUUAAUACCGUUUUAGGUUAUUUUUAUUUAUUUUGUAUGUUCAGUUGGGCAAAAAUUAUCUAUUUACGAAUAACCGGGGCAAAAUUGCGUACUUGUGGAUGUUUGUUUUAUUUCAAUUCAAUGAUAGUCAAAAAAAUGCAUAUUUUUUUUAUAAAACUAAUGGAAUUGAUCCAUUAUAGCCGAGGAAUCAAAAAAGCAUAAUUAUUAUAAUGAUAACAUAGUAUCUAACAUAAACCUCCGAAGUUUUCCAACCGUUGUUAUGGUCAUAUGUGGAGAAUUAUUUUUGUAACCUAAGGCGUUGUCGAGUGUAAAGGAAUUUGUAUCUUGUCGAUGAUCUAUUUGAUGUGCAUAGUCUAAUGUUUACAUGAUUUGACUGAAUUAAAUAAUCGCA